AUGGACACUAAAAAUAUUUUGUCUAGCGGGAAUGUUAACAUUGAUAAGAUUAUUCAAGAAUCUCAGAUAAAUAGGAAUAGAUGGAAAUGGAUACCUUAUGAUAAUUUUCAUGUCACCACCAAACGCAUAGCUGAUAAUGAAUAUUACACUUUGCAUUUAAUUAGAUUAAGAAAUUCCAGUGAAUAUCGUGGUGUUGUUGCUUUGAAGGAAUUAAAAGAUUAUAAACAUAAUAUUUCGGAAUUAAUUAAAGCGAUUAAGAAUACGCUUAGUUGGUUUCAUUCUCCUUGCUUCACUGGAUUUUUUGGAAUUUCCAAAAAUCUUUCCACGCAUAACUAA